UCCAAUCUAACCGUCAAAAAAAAAACAAGAUGAAAAUCUUUAACCCAUCUCGAAACCUAGUCGUAGCCACAACCAUUUUCCUUGUUUUCAUUGUUCUCCUAAGAGCCCAAGACAACCCACAAGACUUUUUGGACGCUCACAACCAAGCACGAGCAGCAGUUGGGGUGGAUCCUUUAGCGUGGGACGAGACGGUGGCUGCAUAUGCUCAGGACUACGCAAACCAGCGUAGAGGUGACUGCGCCUUGGAACACUCGAGUGGGCCCUAUGGAGAGAACAUCGCCUGGAGCAGUGGUGACAUGUCAGGUGUUGAAGCAGUUAACAUGUGGGUGAACGAGCAGGCUGACUACGAUUAUGGUUCCAACACAUGUGCCUCAGGAAAACAGUGCGGCCACUAUACUCAGAUUGUGUGGAAAAACACGGUGAGGUUGGGAUGUGCAAAAGUGAGCUGCGACAAUGGUCAAACCUUCAUCACUUGCAACUAUGAUCCUCAAGGUAAUUUUGUGGGCCAGUGGCCUUACUGAAAAGAGAACCCACAUGUGAAUGUUUCAAAAAAUAUAUGUUAUACAUGCAUGACUUUAUGUUUCUAUAUAUAUUGUUCAAUUAUACCAAUCUUCAUCAUCAGCUAAUAAUGAUUGGUUUGUCCGGUUAAGGCCUCUUUUGUACCAUAUAUAUGUGUGGAUUUUUAUAAUGGAGUAAGAAAAAUGCAAUGCUACGGCUUGCACUUGCUUUGUGUGAUAUAUGAGAAUCUCUUUUUUUUUUCUUUUUUGUAUUUAUACGUAUGCUUAGAGCAAAUAUAGUUAGGGUUUAUACCUUACAAUUUAUAUUGUUGUAUUAAGUAGACUACUAGUUAUUGGAUUAAACUGAAAUUUUGUUACAAGAUAUAUCAUUGUGUUAGACUGUUAGCUUUCACUUUAGUAUAGUUUGAAGUCAUCUUAAUCAACGGUUACAAAGUUACGUCAAUUCGUAAGAAUCGGUUAAGAAAACCAGCCCAAACGAAGGAGGACACAUCGGCGCUUCCCUCCGAUUCAUGACUGGUACCAAUAUCCCCUAUAUAUUAAUUGAGGAACAUUUGAAAAGAUAUAAUCUCAAUUUUAUAUUAAUUAAAAGAGGCUCCAAUGCAUAGGUGGCACUCAAUUAGGUAGUCAAUUACAUUCAAUUGAAAAAUAAGUAGGUCCACAUUCGAUUUUUAUAUGU